AUGGGAGAGCAUGAGAUUCCGCCGUCGAACAAAGGGUACAAGAUGCUGACGAGCAUGGGCUGGAAGGCAGGAGAAGGUUUGGGUGCGGAGAAGCAAGGGCGGAAGGCUCCCGUGCCAACAUGCUUCAAGCGUGAUCGAGCGGGCCUCGGAAAGAAGAAUCUCCCACUUCAUGUGACCCAUACAUCGGUGGUGACCGUGGUGACGAAACCAACACCGCCCCCGCAACCAAAGCUGACCGCGUUCGAGAAGAGACAGCUGCAGCAAGAGAAAGAAGCGAUGGAGAAGAAGCACACGUCGUUCGCUCGAGACUUGUACGGAGAUAUGGCUGAUGGUUACGAGGAGUACUUUCAGUGAUGCAUGUUUUGGCGCAAUUUUGAGAAGUCGUACCAGCAUGCAUGGCAACGACUAAAACAGCAGCGUCCGUACUAUCGAUGGCAGCGAGCUCGCUCAUGUACCAAUGCUCCAGUCUGUUGCACAAGUGGUAGAAAGCCAUGGCACGCAACAAAAGGCAACUUGUGUCUGUUAAAUGGAGUAUUGGCUAUGUUGACUCUUGAUCCUUGCAGGAGAAGGG